GUCUCUCUCGGCUCCGGCCACCAGACUACAUAUGGCUGCCCCCAGUGGUUCGAUCAGAACUUAUCAACAUCCAAACGACCACAAGUACCUCAGAUUCCUCAUCGGCUCAACCAUCCUCACCAAAACAGCCAUCGCAAACCAAACACUGUUCUGGUCCAACCCACUCGUCUACCUCUGGACGACCCUCUUCACACUCUACAUCGCACUCGACCGUCUAAAUGAUAAUGGCCAACUAUCCUUACUCUCGACCAUCCUCAUCAGACUCCCAUUCCUAUUCGCACCGCCUCUCAUCCUACUCGUCCUCCUCAACCGGGCCAACCGGACCUACUUCCAUUCGAUCCUACUCGAAACCCUGAGUCGGGAAGACCUCAGAGACCCACUAGGAUACUACGAUCGCAGGAUUCUCAAAGAGAAAGAUGCCCAGAGCCCGUCGGGGAUUUGGGUACUCGAAUAUGACGGCCGACAGUUAGGGGUCGUAGCAUUCGAUCAGAAUCUGGAGGGAUACGAGGAACUCUCCUCCAACUCCGACUCCUCAGGGUCCGCGACGGCAAGGAGGACGGUAUUGAUCCGUCAUCUGGCAUGUGCAUCCGACUUCAGAUCGGCAGGGAUCGAUGAAGAACUGCUUCAACACGUCCGCCGACUCCUCUUCCAUCCAAACUCACCAUGCGUCAACCGAAUCGCAAUACCCAUCCUGAACCCAAUCGACCCAUUCCUGAAAUCAGCACUACUCAACCAAGGCUUCAGACCACUCAGAAUCACUAGCUCACAGAAAAUCACUCACCCUUCAAAGAAACCCUUCCUCCCUGAUUCCCUACUAGGCUUACUCGGUUGGCCUGACUGUCAUUCUAAAUGGACUCGACAGCUCUGGAUCCUCGAUCGUCAAUCCGCUCCAACUGACCAGAACAAUCAUUCAUAGUCAGACUCUUCAUAUGAUCAUUUUAAUUGUGAUCAUUAGUCUCAAGUAUAGCAGCGCUCAGAUACACCUCAAGCUGUAAAACUAACAAACAAAAAAUUCAGAGAUUCUUCACAUGAUCAAUUGACAGAGAGAGAAGCCCAGUGAUCAACCCCCCAAACAAAUCAGAUUCAACAUGAGAAUGACAUUGACUCAUGUAUUCUUCAUCCAUUUACACUCAUAUGUUUCAUUGAUCAAUUUGACCCAAACAAUGCUCACAUGCAGUCCCCUACCAGCUGUUUAUGGCUGGUUUGUUUGGGUUCAACAACCUCCUCAACCCACCAACUUGAAAUCUUGAGACUUGGGCAAGCUGUGGUAUAAAAUGGGCUUCCAAAAAAUGAGUCUGAAAACAGAAGUGUGA